AUGUUGAAGGAGGAUCCAUCAAAGAGGAAGACCAGGCGCCACAGACCCUCUGGUGUCUCCUUUUCCUCUUUGAAACAGACCCUUCCCUGUAAAAAGGAAGAGGAAGACUCACUGACGCCCCAAAUUAAAGAGGAAGAGGAGGAACACAGUCAGCCUAAAUGGUUGGAGGAGUUCCCAGUGACUGGUGUCCCUGUGAAGAGUGAAGAUGAUGAGGUCAAAGGUGAAAGUGAGGAGAAGAGCAGCAGCUCAACACAACACAUGACAACAGAAGCUGAUGGAGACCACUGUGGAGGAUCACAAGCAGACAAGCUCUUAGCUCCACUAUCAGAUAGUGAGGACACAACGUCACACUCUCCUGACACUGAUGAUGAAGACUCUAAAGAUGAUAAGACAAACACUCACUUCAAAUGUUCUCACUGUGACAAAACCUUUAAAUACCAUUGUCAUCUGAAAAGACACAUGAGUACACACACUGGAGAAAAACCUUUUACCUGUUCAAUCUGUAGUAAAGGUUUUGUAGAAGGUCGGAAUUUGAAAGUACACAUGAGAAUACAUACUGGUGAAAAACCUUUUAUCUGUUCAAUCUGUGGUAAAGGUUUCAUACAAAGUCACAAAUUGAAAGUACACAUGAGAAUACACACUGGUGAAAAACCUUUUUCUUGUUCAAUCUGUGGUAAAGGUUUUGUAGAAAAGUCUGGUUUGAAAAUACACAGAACAACACACACAGGAGAAAAAUCAUUUAUUUGUUCAAUCUGUAGUAAAGGUUUUGUUCUAAGAAACUAUUUGAAAGUGCACAUGAGAACACACACUGGUGAAAAACCGUUUUCCUGUUCAAUCUGUGGUAAAGGUUUUGUAGAAAGUUGCAAAUUGAAAGUGCACAUGAGAACACACACUGGUGAAAAACCUUUUAUCUGUUCAAUCUGCAGUAAAGGUUUUGUAGAAAGUUGCAAAUUGAAAGUACACAUGAGAACACACACUGGUGAAAAAACUUGUAUCUGUUCAAUUUGCAGUAAAGGAUUUGUAGAAAGUUGCAAAUUGAAAGUGCACAUGACAACACACACUGGUGAAAAACCUUUUUCUUGUUCAAUCUGUGGUAAAGGUUUUGUUCUAAGUACAUAUUUGAAAGUGCACAUGAGAACACACACGGGUGAAAAACCUUUUAUCUGUUCAAUCUGUGGUAAAGGUUUCGUACAAAGUCACAAUUUGAAAGUACACAUGAGAAUACACACUGGUGAAAAACCUUUUUCCUGUUCAAUCUGUGGUAAAGGUUUUGCGCAAAGGUCUGGUUUGAAAAUACAUAGAACAACACACACAGGAGAAAAAUCAUUUAUUUGUUCAAUCUGUAGUAAAGGUUUUGUUUUAAGUAACUAUUUGAAAGUGCACAUGAGAACACACACUGGUGAAAAACCUUUUUCCUGUUCAAUCUGUGGUAAAGGUUUUGUAGAAAGUUGCAAAUUGAAAGUACACAUGAGAACACACACUGGUGAAAAACCUUUUAUCUGUUCAAUCUGCAGUAAAGGUUUUGUAGAAAGUUGCAAAUUGAAAGUACACAUGAGAACACACACUGGUGAAAAAACGUUUAUCUGUUCAAUCUGCAGUAAAAUAUUUGUAGAAAGUUGCAAAUUGAAAGUACACAUGAGAACACACACUGGUGAAAAACAUUUUAUCUGUUCAAUCUGCAGUAAAGGUUUUGUAGAAAGUUGGAAAUUGAAAGUACACUUGAGAACACACACUGGUGAAAAACCUUUUUCUUGUUUAAUCUGUGGUAAAGGUUUUGUUCUAAGUAAAUAUUUGAAAGUGCACAUGAGAAGACACACUGGUGAAAAACCUUUCUCCUGUUCAAUCUGCAGUAAAGGGUUUGUAGAAUGUUGCAAAUUGAAAGUACACAUGAGAACACACACUGGUAAAACACCUUUCACAUGUUAAAUCUGCAACAGAAGCUUUUGUGUCCGAUCAAACUUUUUAGCACACAUGAGAACACACCCAGGAGAGAAAGUGUUGAGUUGCAGUGUGUGUGGUGAAAGAUUCUCUAAUAAGUACCAGUGUAAGAAACACAAGUGUGCUGGUGAGAACAGCAGUAGCAAAUGAAACUGCAGGAUUUGAAAUAAACUAUCAAGACUUUAAUUUUGACUUUCUAACAACAUCAGCACAUAUAACAUGUGUAACAUUGUUGUUUGUGUAACAAUCGUGUUAAUAUGCUUCUACAUUUAUAGAUUAGAUAUUUUAUAUUAGUGCUUUUUUCAGUCAAGUACAUGCAUUAAUAUGCAACAUUGUGUACUUUUAUUAAACAUUGAACAGAACAAUUUGACUGAAAAGGUGAGAGUAAACACUACAAGACAUUUUACAUACAAUAAACAUUGUAUGUAAAUAUAUUCAUAAUACAAUUUUAGACUUAUUCACAAUAGUGUUUUCUAUAGGUGUUUGAGAUAUUGAAGUAUUACAUAUUAUUUCUAAUUGUUAAUGAUCCCAUAGAUUAGCACCUUUAUAUGAUAUACAUAUGUACUGGUUCACAUCUGAAACAUUUUCUUGACCACUUCAGGAAGAAUAUUAUUAUUUACUUUAUACAUCAUUUGAACAGUUGUCUUUUAUACAAUUUUAAAAUGUGUAACUUUAUGAAUCAUUUGU